CGCGCGUGCGCACUGGAGCUCUCUGCCCUCCCAUUCAUAAAAAAGCCAUUUUCCCAGGCAAGGGUUGCAACAUCGCCGCCGAGGCAGCAAGCUGAGCUGACAGCGCGGAGCUGGCGCUGCAGGACUCAGGGAGCCUUACCGGCUUCUCUGACUGGCGUCUGCGAGUACAACGGCAACUGACCCACUCGGGUUUGGGGAUUUACACAGACGUGAAGCGAUGCUUGUGACUCUGCAGCUCCUCAAAGACCCCUAGAAGCCUGUCUUUUGGUGCAGUUCAGGACCUCCACCCUCAUGGAGCCCCCGAUUCCACAGAGCGGUGUCCCUUUGAAUCCCAGCUCAGUCAUGGUGCAGCCCCUCCUUGACGGCAGAGUGCCCCACAGCCGGCUCCAGCACCCUCUCACCAUCUUACCCAUUGACCAGAUGAAGACCAGCCACGUGGAGAACGACUACAUAGACAACCCUAGCCUGGCCCCUGCCACGGGUCCCAAGCGGUCCCGGGGUGGGGCCCCAGAGUUGGCUCCUACACCUGCCCGCUGUGACCAGGAUGUUACUCACCACUGGAUCUCUUUCAGCGGUCGGCCCAGCUCUGUAAGCAGCAGCAGCAGUACUUCCUCCGAUCAGAGGCUUCUAGAUCACAUGGCUCCACCGCCCGUGGCUGAGCAGGCCUCGCCAAGGGCCGUGCGCCUCCAGCCCAAGGUGGUCCACUGUAAGCCACUGGACCUCAAGGGCCCAGCAGCUCCGCCAGAGCUAGACAAGCACUUCUUACUGUGUGAGGCCUGUGGGAAGUGUAAGUGCAAGGAGUGUGCGUCCCCUCGGACGUUACCCUCCUGCUGGGUCUGCAACCAGGAGUGCCUGUGCUCUGCCCAGACCCUGGUCAACUAUGGCACAUGCAUGUGCCUGGUGCAAGGUAUCUUCUACCACUGUACUAAUGAGGAUGAUGAGGGCUCUUGCGCUGACCAUCCCUGCUCCUGCUCCGGCUCCAACUGCUGCGCCCGCUGGUCCUUCAUGGGUGCCCUCUCUGUGGUGCUGCCUUGUCUGCUGUGCUACCUGCCAGCCACAGGCUGCGUCAAGCUGGCCCAGCGCGGCUAUGACCGCCUGAGACGCCCCGGUUGCCGUUGCAAGCACACGAACAGCGUCAUCUGCAAGGCAGCCAGCGGGGACACGAAGGCCAGCAGGUCCGACAAGCCUUUCUGACACUUUGGAUGAAAAACAUGGUCUCUCCUGCCAGUCUCCUGAGGCUGACCUUACUCAUCUGUCCUCUCCUAAACCCUAGAUUGGGAAGAAACCGGCAGAGAACACUACUGCCUAGCCUCGAGUCCCCAAAAGGAUUAAGAUGUACUUUGGGGAUUUUCAUGGUCUUGAAACUUUGUUAAACAGCAGUGACAGUGUCAGGGUGUGGUGGUAGGGGGCCAGUUUUCCUAUUUCAGAAGAUGGAAGACAGAUGUGGACACAAACUCUGCAAGUUUAGCCACUCAGUGGCCUUCCCAGUCCCUCUCUCCCACUUUGCCAUUCUCUCUGGCUCCUGCUGGAGCCUCCUACCUGGGAGGAACAGCUAAUGGGAGGCGAGAUACCUCGAGGAAGACUCUCAGAGCCUUGAUUUCUAUCUUUUCCGCCUCUGUCCGUGCCUGUUGGCCUUGGCCUCUUGGGAAGGUACACCGUAGCAAUUCCUGCUGUAUGUACUUGAUGGCUGAGAACAAAAUCGACAGUAAGCUGCCGUCUCCCUGGAGCCGCAGGAUGGAGAAAGAACCAUCUGGCAGUGUGUUCCUCCUAGUGUCAAUCACUAACUUGGGGGUGACUGCUCAUCACGCCAUCCUCCGGUUCUUAACCGAGUCACAGACUGGCCUGCCUGCUGUGUGUCCUGAGCUCUUUCUACUCAGAUUCUUUAUAGAAACUUGCUGGGUUAAGGCGGCCAGGAUGACACUAGCAAGACCAAAUAUCAUUUUGCCAAUGAGUCUGAGGCUGUGGUCUCUGGAUCCAGCCAUGAUGUUUUUAUAUGUUUAAUUAAACUAGAUGCUAUUGGUGUUUAAACAAUAAUAAUACAACAACUUGCUUCCUUUUGGGCCACCCCCAGGAAGGGCUGAUUUCAAAAUCUGGGGGCAAGCAACCUCAAGGAGCGGUUCCCCUGCACAUCAAGAAUGGCAAAGAAGAGGCCGUACCUCCCAUUGGCAGAAUGACAGUUGAGCCGAACUGGGGUUGGGUUUUCUUCUGAUUCUGCUGCUUGCUGUCAUAGCCUUUUGUGUAUAGUGAUAUGUCUGUCUUUAUGUAAAUAGAGAGAUGACAGAAUCUAUUUUAGUGUUAGGAGGCCCCGGUGGGGAAGUCAGAAGAUGCCAGAGAGGGUGGGGAACGAUUCUCCAGGGGCUGCUGGAUUUGAGCCCCACUUUUUGUGUGCAACACACACACACACACACACACACACCCCUCCCAACAGCCCCCAAAGACGUAGCAACUCUUUCUCUCACGGUGCUAAAGGACUCAGAAAGUGCAGCACGUCCAAUGGGUAGGUACUUGUUGCAUGCAAAAAGCUAUCAUGUCUCUGGUCCUUGCCCCCAGAUGUUGUGUGGGGUUGUUUUUUUUCUUUUUCUUUUUUCUUUUUUGUGUGGUAUUUUGUCCCCAUCCCUGCCUCUGAUUCGAGAAAUAGCCUGGAUCAGAAGAGGUACCCCAGGUAAAAAUGGGAGAACAUUAGGCAAAAGUCAUGUGAGACAUUUCUGGUUCUUUUGUGUGAGCUGCCUCCAGGAAGGAGGCAAGGAGGCAGGUAGCUGUGAGUGGAGUGCACUUGUUGCUUUUUCUCAAGGAUUCACCCCACCCCCACCUUGGAAGCUACUAGUAGUAGUAGUAACACCUUAUGAUUUAGAAUAAGUUAAUUGUAACCAUAGAUAUUUAUUGAUUGGAGGAAGGGAGGGUUUUAUUCUCAGCUUUAUUUAUGUAACAUUUACUGGCUUGUAAAAGGCAAGUAUAAAAUCCUGCAUCUUCAUUGUCUAUAGCUAAUCCAUACAUACACCUGCCCUUGUCACAAUUGCAAUGGUCUUGCACAGAUUGGAAGGAAAGAUGGAAGACAAACCCCCGUGAUCAGCGAACCACUUACACUAAUUGAAUGUAUUAGAAGCUUUCUGAAGGGGCUGGAGAUGUUUUCCUCAGAUGAGGUGUGUGGAGGGAAACCCCCCAACAUGAUAGCGCACACGUGCACUCUUAAGAGGCCUGGGAGCUUUGCCCAAGGUCCCUCCCUCAAUUUGUUUCCACAGGACAGUUGACCCAGUGGCAAGUUGCACUUUGGUGAUCUUGGUCUAUACACUUCUGUGGAUGGUUGAGUUACAUAUGCCGUGUAUGCGCACAUGCACACGUGACACUUACAUACACAGACCCUCUACCACACAGACCUUGUUUCUUGGCAACCCCUCCCAAACCCUGACUUUGUGUACAUAGCUGUAAACACGGAUUUUUAUGAGUUUUGGUUUGUUUCCCCGCCCCCCACCCCCAACACCCUGUUUUGGCUUGGGAAUGAUGUCUACAGAACUCUCCCCCCCACCCCCCUCCGGAGUUUACCUUGUGACCUACUUGCUCAGUGGUAAGGGAAGGGGUGAAGGGAGCAUCCUUUUUCCUCUGUUGUUUUUUUCUCUGGCUUCUUGGCAAACACCUACACAUGGGGGAUGCAAACACAUUUAAAAGAAAAAUGGGUAGUUUGUUUAUGGGGCCCCCAUCCCCUUCCCAGGUUAGCAGGCACUGAGAGCAUAGGGUCUCACAAACAGAACAUUUCUGUAGCUGUUUCUGACUUGUUCACUAGCAUUUGCAGCUUGCUUGCCUGAGUUACAUCACUUCAAAAAUGCCAGUUGGUUCCCACUUCUAGACCCGGGGUGGGUGUCGGAGCCAGGGAUGGCUACAUGGUUUCCCCGUUGUAGGGAAAGGCUAGUACUCCUGUAAGCACACUGGGGGCUGAGUCUGGGUUAGCAACACCUUCCAAGGGACAAUCAAAGCUCCUCAAGCCAACUGGAAGGGAGCAAAGAGCAGCCCUUACUGUUGGACCCGCCCUUCUGAGCUGAUGGGAGGCCUCCUGGUGAUUGUGAUGGGCUCUUUGAGCUAGUGCAGUUGACAUGAUGGGGCCCAGCUGAAUCACAACCCCAAGGGGGCAAUGCAUACUAAGUCGGUCAGGGCCAGAACCCAGGUUACCCAUCACUGAAGCCAGCUUGGUCUCCAGUGCUGCUCUUAAGAAAUAGUUGAGGUGUGUGGGCAGCACAAAUUUGCACUGUACUAGAACAUCUGGGGCUUCCCAGGCCUCCCGGUUUAUGCAUUUGGUGAGUAGCUCUGUGCCCUCUCCUCUGUAAUGGUGGAUGUCGAUCCUGUGUUUCCAUUUUGAUUGUGGGUGACUGUGCUGUUUCUUAGCUUGCUUUUCUCUUGUGUCCUGUGGUUGAUUUCCUGUUAGCAGCACUAGAGCUGUGCCCCAGCGCCCACUCCACCACAUUCCUGUGUCUCUGUAACCCCCGUUCAUCCCACCACAAAAGUUACCACAGAAGGUUUCCUUUGUAAAAAAUAUUUAUUUUGAAGCUCUAUUUUAAUAGUAUUUAUUUUAGAAAGUCUACUAUUGUAAGAGUUCUUCUGUUUGUGAAGAAAAAAAAAACAAGUUAAAAACUGAAUGUACUGAUCUAGAAGAUAUCUAUAAAUAUAU